AGGUGGCUUUAACCAAGAGAGCGGAUCCCGCUGAACUUAGAACAAUAUUUUUGAAGUAUGCAAGCAUUGAGAAAAAUGGUGAAUUUUUCAUGUCUCCUAAUGACUUUGUCACUCGCUAUUUGAACAUUUUUGGAGAAAGCCAGCCUAAUUCAAAGACUGUGGAACUUUUAAGCGGUGUGGUGGAUCAAACCAAAGAUGGAGGACGUUAAACAAGUCUUUGAACAGACCACAAUUCAUCAACGUAUCCCAUUUAACUGGGAUUCAGAAUUUGUGCAACUACAUUUUGGGAAAGAAAGAAAGAGAUGCCUGACAUACGCGGAAUUCACUCAGUUCUUGCUGGAAAUACAGUUGGAGCAUGCAAAGCAAGCCUUUGUGCAGAGGGACAAUGCCAGGACCGGAAAAGUCACAGCCAUUGACUUCCGAGACAUCAUGGUCACCAUCCGCCCCCAUGUCUUGACACCUUUCGUAGAAGAAUGUCUAGUAGCUGCUGCUGGAGGUACCACGUCCCAUCAGGUCAGUUUCUCCUAUUUUAAUGGAUUUAAUUCACUCCUUAACAACAUGGAACUCAUUAGAAAGAUCUACAGCACUCUGGCCGGCAGCAGGAAAGACGUGGAGGUGACUAAGGAGGAGUUUGUUCUGGCAGCUCAGAAAUUUGGUCAGGUUACACCCAUGGAAGUUGACAUCUUGUUUCAGUUAGCAGAUUUAUAUGAGCCACGGGGACGGAUGACCUUAGCAGACAUUGAGCGAAUCGCUCCCCUGGAAGAGGGAACUCUGCCCUUCAACUUGGCCGAGGCCCAGAGGCAGAAGGCCCCAGUCGAUUCAUCUCGCCCAGUUCUCCUACAAGUCGCAGAGUCAGCCUACAGAUUCGGUCUGGGUUCUAUUGCUGGAGCUGUGGGAGCCACUGCCGUGUAUCCCAUCGAUCUUGUCAAAACUCGAAUGCAGAACCAGCGAUCAACUGGCUCUUUUGUGGGAGAACUUAUGUAUAAAAACAGCUUUGACUGUUUUAAGAAAGUGCUACGCUACGAAGGCUUCUUUGGACUGUAUAGAGGUCUGUUGCCACAGUUAUUGGGAGUCGCCCCAGAGAAGGCCAUAAAACUCACAGUGAAUGAUUUUGUGAGAGAUAAAUUCAUGCACAAAGAUGGUUCGGUCCCAAUUGCAGCAGAAAUUCUGGCCGGAGGCUGCGCAGGCGGUUCCCAGGUGAUCUUCACAAAUCCUUUGGAAAUCGUCAAGAUCCGCUUGCAAGUGGCUGGGGAAAUCACCACCGGUCCCCGAGUCAGUGCUCUGUCUGUCGUGAGGGACCUGGGGUUCUUUGGGAUUUACAAGGGUGCCAAAGCAUGCUUUCUGCGGGACAUUCCUUUCUCAGCCAUCUAUUUCCCGUGCUACGCUCACGUGAAGGCUUCCUUUGCAAACGAAGAUGGGCAGGUUAGCCCUGGAAGCCUGCUCUUGGCUGGUGCCAUAGCUGGUAUGCCAGCGGCAUCUUUAGUGACCCCUGCUGAUGUCAUCAAGACUCGAUUACAGGUGGCCGCCAGGGCCGGCCAAACCACUUACAGUGGCGUGACGGACUGCUUUCGGAAGAUACUGCAGGAGGAAGGCCCGAAAGCCCUGUGGAAAGGAGCUGGCGCUCGUGUGCUUCGAUCCUCACCCCAGUUUGGUGUGACUUUGCUGACAUAUGAAUUGCUACAGCGCUGGUUCUACGUCGAUUUUGGAGGAGUGAAACCCAUGGGCUCCGAGGCAGUUCCUAAAUCCCGGAUCACGCUGCCCGCUCCCAGCCCUGAUCACGUCGGGGGCUACAAACUGGCAGUAGCCACAUUUGCAGGGAUUGAAAACAAAUUUGGACUGUACCUACCUCUCUUCAGGCCAUCAGCAUCUACCUCAAAAGUUACCAGUGGAGGCCCCUAGGAGGCCCGACCGGCGGGUGUCGCGAUAGCUCUGUUGUUACAUGGGUAAAGAAUGGCCCAUCUCGGGUGGAAGCAAUAUUUCAUUCCUUUCACGUCUAUCUCUUGUUUAAAUUCAAGUCCAGGCUUUUUUUUUAUGAGGAAAAUCGUUCCUUUUCUUUGUGUUUUCUUAACCAGAUCAUUGUAAAAUUAUUCGUAAUUCCUCCCUGGGCCUCCUGCUCACAAACCUUUGUGCCUGACAUUUGCUAGGUUUUGGUCAACACUCACAUGAUUUAGGAAGAAAGAGCAAAUCUGAAUAGAAAUUAGAGCUGUUCUCCUUGGAUUAGGAUUAUAAUCCCAAAGAGGCUACUGCAAGGCAAUCACGAUGCUCAGAGCAAAGUGUUUCAUGAGCUUUUGAACUGGUAAGAAGCUGGGUGCGUAUUUAGGAAAAGUGUAAAGCCCUGGAAGCAAGGAAAACAUGGUCAGAAGUAGCCAGCCUAGCCUGGCUUCAGAUUUUAAAUGCACACUAAGUCUGGCCUCUGGAUUAUAUUAUAAAGCUUUUAUGUGAAACAUGUUUUAUUUUAUUUUUUGUAAUGAAAACCACAUUGACGAUAUUUAAUAAUCAUAUUCUGUUACUCGUACCAAGACUACUGGUGAGAAGGCUUGUAUUUUAGGGAAGUCCUUAUGGCAUUUUCUUAUGUAGAUGGAGAGACCGUGAGACGCCACACUUCUGGACCUGCUACUUGGGAAAACUGCUCGUAGGCUGCACCUGUGCUGGCUCUGCCUGUUGCAGUGAACACUAGGAAAAUGCAUGCCCGUUCCUGGUACCUGCCCUGAUC